AUGCCGAGCUCCAACAUGGACGACAACAUGAGCGUCCACUCACGCCCGGACGCCGACGAUGAUGAUGAUCACAAUGGCCCUGAUCAUCCGCGCAAGCGCCAGCGCGUUCGUCUCAGCUGCCUCGAGUGCCGCCGCCGCAAGCUCUCCUGUGACAGGGGCUACCCGUGCCAGCGAUGUCUCAAGAGCGGCACGCCUGACCGCUGCACCUAUGAGACAAAGUCGGGCGUCGUCAUGAACGCCAGCGCCGGCGUGCCCCCGGCCUUUGCCCAGCUCGACUCCCGCCGCCACGGCCUCGGCCUCGGCCUCGGUCACGGCCACGGUCACGGUCACGGCGGCCCCGACAUGUCCGUCACCAGCAGCGGCGCCUCGGACGCCUGCGUGCGGGACGCCGCCGCCACCAAGGACCACGACAGGAUCCGCAGGCUCGAGCUCGAGGUCGCCCAGCUCAAGGGCCAGCUCACCCACCACCACCACCAGAACGGGUCCUCGUUUGACGGCAGCACCGUCGCCGCCUCCAACUCGCCGCUGACGGACAAGAACGCCUGCGAGAGCCCCUCGGAUCCCGACGCCGACCAGGUCCAUCCCGCCUGCUAUGGCUUCACCGAGAACGAAAAGGCCGAGCUGCGCUUCUUCCGUGGCAAGGAGUUCCGGACCCGGUACUUUGGCCCGCACAACGCCACAAUGGCCUUCCUCGAGCUCGGUGGCCUGUGCCCGUUCAUGCAGGAGACGGCCGACGAGUGGCUGCGCCCCGCCGCGGCGCACGACCUCAAGGACCGCAAGAAGAGGAAGGAGGACCGCGAGCGCCUGUUCCUCGAGCGCGACCUCGAGCUCGAGGCCCUCGUGCCGCCGCGUGCCGAGACGGACGCCCUCGUCGAGGUCUACCUGAGCCAGUUUGAGCAGGUCCACCGCAUCGUCCACAUUCCCACCUUCCGCCGUGAGUACGCCCGCUUCUGGGAGAACGCGGCCGACGAGAGCCGCCAUGCCGCCUUCACCGCCAUGCUGCUCGCCAUGAUCGCCAUCGCCAACUGCCUCCACACCCACGACAGGCCGCGCUUCACCGGCAUGCUCUCCAACGCCCACAACACGGCCCACAAGUGGAUCGAGGUCGUCGAGCGCUGGCAGGCGCGCCAGAGCAUGAAGCACCGCCGCCUCAUCCACUACCAGAUCGCCUGCCUCCUCUACCUCGGCAAGCGCAUCAACACGGUCAAGAAGAAGCGCUUCUGGACCAACUCGGGCGCCCUCAUCCAGGACGGCAUCUCGGUCGGCCUGCACCGCGACCCCGGCCACAUGGGCGGCCGCAUCUCGCUCUACAACCAGGAGAUGCGGCGCCGCAUCUGGGCCACCGUCCAGGAGUUCGACAUCCAGGCGAGCUUCGACCACGGCCUGCCGACGCUGCUGAGCCAGCUGCACUACGACGUCGGCGCGCCGCGGAACCUCGACGACGAGGACUUUGACGAGGAGACGACCCAGCUGCCGCCGUCCAAGCCCGCCAAGGACUACACCUACUCGUCCUACCAGAACCUCGCCCGCCAGAGCCUGCCGCUGCGCAUGGAGCUCAGCCGCCUCCUCUGCGGCCCGCCCGGCGACCUCGACUACGAGCAGGUCAUCCGCUUCACCAACGACAUCACGCGCGAGAUCGACUCGCUGCCGUCGUGGGAGACGGACGGCGCCAACAGCCAGAACGGCAAGCGGCCCCUGCUCGCCUACACGCUCCUCCACAUCCAGCUGCGCCAGUACAUCAUCCCCCUGCACCAGCGCUUCAUCAAGCUCCGCAAGGCCAACCCCAAGUACCAGUACUCGGAGAUCAUCUACUACAACGCCGCCCGCGACAUCGUCCUCCUCCACGACAAGCUCUACGACCAGGGCGUGCGCUGCCUCAACUUUCUGCGCGAGGACGCCCUCACGACCGCGGUCAACCUCUGCAAGGUCACCAUGCUGCAGCCCCGCGGCUCGACCCACAUGAUCAUGAUCAACUCGGCCCACACGGUCAAGCUGCUCGAGCGCUGCCUCGUCAUGAAGGAAGACCGCCUCAUGCGGUGCGGCAACAACGAGCCCUGGGGCUACUCCAUCAUGUGCGCCGCCCUCGGCCUGCUCGAGGUCCAUCUCACCAUCAAGACGGCCGAGCAAGCCAAGGCCGCGUCGGCCGAGCGUUUCGUCAACCUGCACUACAAGCUCCUCUCGUAUCAGGACCCGCCCAUGUCCUCCACAUCCUCGGCGUCGGCGUCGGCCGCCGCCGCCGCCGCCGCCUCAGCAACCGAGGCAGCGCGGCUGCCGGGCCUCGAAGUGCCCGAGCGGGCCAAGUCCGUCACGCCCUUCUCGUUCCCCGGGUUCCCGGCCUCGCAGGGCGGCGCGGCUGGUCUCGCGGAGGGCCCUGCCGCCAUGCCCAUGACGUGGAUGCCCUCGGCCGUCGAUCCGGCGGCCCAGGCUUUCAACCCAGACUUUAGCAUGGAGACGCUGGGCUUGAACUUGAACGAGCUGUGGGGCGAGUCGUGGGACUUUAGCUAG